AUGUCGACUACACAAGUUCACUCGACUGUGAGCGGUGCUACAGGUUCCGGCUUGGGCUCGGUAAUGGGCACACUACAGGGCGGCGUCUCGUCAGUCGUCAACAUGGGAAAGGGCUUGCUAGACCGAGUGCUACCACCUGAGACAAGAGCUGCCAUAAUGGAAAAGCUCACAAAAUUCGCACACGAUCAACCACUAUUGGCAAGCUUUUUGCUCUCCCAUGUUGCCAUUAGUGGUAUACCGGUGUUUUUGUUCGUCGCUCUGAUAAUCACUGUUACUCUAGUGGCUCUGGUCGUUGGUCUGUUGGUCGGUCUAUUGGGAGCUGUCCUGUUUAUCUUAGGUGCAGUCGGCUUUGCACUGUUAUUCCUCUUUCCUGUUCUCUUCUUUACCACGUUCGCCGCGGUUGGUGUAUGGUUGUUCGGGGUUGGUGCAUACUAUCUCAUCAAGUGGUUCAACAAGGAAGAAGUGCCAGAAGUUCGUAAUUCAGCCGAGGAAAGCUUGCCCAAGUCUAUAGGCAACGGUACGGCGCAAAAGCCGAAGCCUGAAUGA